AUGGAGGAUAAGAAUCCUUGCGUGGAUUUUGCUAAAUUAAUGCAUCAAUUGGCAGCAUGGAAAAGAGCUGAAUAUUUCUAUUUAAUAACUCUUGAAGCUGAGACAAUAUGGCAACGUCGUUCAGUCUUACUGUAUGAACACGGAUUGAUUAAGGGAGAAUUGGAACAGUAUGAUGAGGUUUUAGCUUACUUUAAACAAUCGCUCGAAGUGAAAGAAACACAAGGUGCUCAGGGUAUAACAGAAUUCGCCUCAACCUAUAAUAAUAUGGCCACUCUUUAUUAUAAACAAAAGAAAAUGGAUCUAGCUAUCGAAUAUUUUCAGAAAGCAAUUGAAGCGUAUAAUGUUAAACCUAAUAGUAAUCAGGAAUUAGUAGCCACGUUGUACGGUAAUAUUGCUUCUGUUCUCAAUGGUCAAGGCAAACAUGAAGAAACUCUGAAAAGUAAUGAAAAAUGUCUCAAUAUUCGUAUUAAUGUUUUUCCAGAGAUUUAUCCCUCUUUGGCGAGUACGUAUAGCAACAUUUCGAAUACAUUUCAUUCGAUGAGAUGUCAUGCACAAGCUCUUGAAUAUGCUUAA